CAUCUCCUCUGCACUGGGCAGGACUGGGAGCUGUCAGUCAUCCCUCCAUCCUCCCUCCUGUCACCGCUGCAUGUUCCCCCUUCUCCUCCCGCUCCCCACUCUCUGCCUGUAACCCUGGAGUGGGGGGCUGCUCUGCAGGAAGACAUCUCCCCCCACCACAGUGCAGCGCCCCCCACAGCCCCUCUGCGGGUAUAUGGACAGGAGCUCCCUGCUGCGCCUCAUCCAGGGGCAGCUUGACCCAGAUAACACGGGUUUUGUAUGUGCUGAAACCUUCGCUGCUCUGGUAAACAACCAUGAGCUGCCCCUGGACCCCGCCAAGCUGGAGAUGCUAUUUGCCCUAUCACAGGGCAAUGAAGAGGGACAGAUCUGUUACUCGCAGCUUGUGGACCUGAUAAGCAGCAAGCGCUCCAGUAGUUUCCGAAGAGCCAUCAGCAGCGGUCAGAGAGCUCUCCCCCGAGAUGUGCUGCUGGAUCAGGCUGGGCUGGGGGUCUAUAAAAGAUUUGUACGCUAUGUGGCCUACGAAAUCCUGCCCGGGGAGAUGGAAAGGCGGUGGUACUUCUACCAGCAUCGGCCAUGCCCACCGCCUAUAUUCAUGGCAGCCGUGACCCUGACACAGAUCAUCGUGUUCCUGUGUUACGGGGUCAGGCUGAACAAGUGGGUCUUGCAGACGUACCACCCUGAGUACAUGAAGAGCCCUCUGGUAUACCACCCGGGACAUCGGGCAAAAGCUUGGCGCUUCCUUACCUAUAUGUUCAUGCAUGUUGGCUUGGAGCAGCUCGGGUUUAACACCCUCUUACAGCUUAUGAUCGGCGUCCCCCUAGAGAUGGUUCAUGGGGUGCUAAGGAUAAGCUUCCUGUAUCUGGCUGGGGUGCUGGCAGGAUCUCUUGCUGUUUCAGUCACAGACAUGAGAGCGCCCUUAGUGGGAGGCUCAGGCGGUGUAUAUGCGCUAUGUUCCGCCCACCUCGCUAAUGUGGUUAUGAACUGGGCUGGGAUGCGCUGCCCUUACAAGGUUCUCCGGAUGGUUCUUGCGUUGGUCUGCAUGAGUUCAGAGGUGGGGCGUGCAGUGUGGCUUCGUUUUUCGCCUCCUUUACCAGCCGCUGGUCCCCAGCCCAGUUUCAUGGCGCACCUGGCGGGGGCAGCAGUCGGUGUCAGCAUGGGAUUGACCAUUUUGCGCAGUUACGAGGAGAACCUUCAGGACCAGUGCGGCUGGUGGGUGAUCUUGCUGUGUUACGCCACCUUCCUGGCAUUCGCUAUUUUCUGGAAUGUUUUUGCUUAUGACCUGCUCGGUGUCCAGAUCCCGCAUCCUCCAUGACAGUCACCCCCCCCCCCCCCCCCCCUGGACGCAUCACACCCUUCAAGGACUUAUUCUGGUGCUGAUUCGGUACAAACUUUCUUGUCGACAAAUGGCCAAAGCAUAAUGGAGAUCGAUCGACAAGGGUGACCGCAGGAGGACGGGGGGAGAAGAGUGACCUUCUUCAGUACUGCAGGGUGAUGUCAUGAUGUUUGCUAUGUAUAUGUGUGGUCAGGUGACUUUUAUAAUCUUUUUUUUUUUGCUGCCUUUAGAAGCUGAGCAGAAGGUGGGUUAUCAUCAGGCGGGUGUACCCCAAAAUAUUCAUCUUCUUGACUGAAUUGCAGGGCGAUUUCUACACUGUGAUAUCAUAUCCGAUACCAGCCUACUGGCCCUUUAAGGUAGUACGACCUUAAAGGGGUACUCCACUAGCCAGCGUGGAACUAAAUGUUCCGAACGUUGUUUUUGCGCUG